AUGAGCGGAACAGCCAUAUGUCGAAUAGACUUCGAACCUUCAGAAGGAAAAGAAUUGGCAUAUCCUGAUAAAAACCAGGUUAUAAUUCUCAAUGUAUCGGACUGGUCUGAAAAGGCUACAUUGAUAUGCAAUGAAGUAUCUGCUCCAUAUUCGAUCGUCCAGUAUUCUCCUUGUGGAAAAUUCAUCAUAGCAACAUCUCUGGAAGGUGACUUCGUGGUGUGGGAGGUUGGUACUCAAGAAGUUGCCAAUGUGAGUAAACAUACGAAGUCAAUAGCGAUUUGUGGAUUAAUGUGGAAUCCAAAAGGUAACGGCGAAAUUGUAUAUACAGACGUUGAAGGUCAGUUAGGAAUUAUAACAGAAUCAGUAAAAGGUAUGACAAACGAUGGGCCAGAACAGAUGAACACCGACGAGAUGGAACUUGCAGAUAAUGAUGUCGAUUUCACUGGCGUCAAUUUUGAAGAAGACAAUGACGAGGAUAAUGAAAAUGCGGUAUCUUUAGAACAGUUGAAGAAACAGUAUAAUUUAGGGGAACCAGAUGAUGAGUUACAGAAACUGGAAACAGCAUCUUCCCGUUCUCCCACACCAAGACCACGUACACCGCAAGUUCCGUUACAGCCAUCCUUCAUGCCCUCAUCAACACCUGAACAUUUGGAUCCACGUUAUUUGUGCUGGAAUGAUGUGGGUGUCAUCAGGUGUUAUGGUAACAACUCCGAUGAAUCGACAUCGAAGUCUAUCGAGGUGGAGUUUCAUGAUACAACUUUUCACAGCAGCAUGAUGAUGCAAAAUUAUCAGGAUUAUACGCUGGGAUCCAUCAGUAAAUCAGCGCUUGUUGUCGCAAAUUCUAGUCAGAUCAAUGUGAUUCCCCUUGCCGCAAGUUCGAAAGAGUGGUCCCUGAAAGUAGAGGAGAACGAAGAAAUAACCCUGGUGGCGGCGUCCGAAAACUUGAUUUGCUUCGCUAUGGCCAAUUAUAUCAUUAGAGUGGCCCUGGUUUACGGCAGCCAAAGGGGCGUUAUAUCUGUACCCGGGCCGAUAGUAUCGAUGGCCUCGUUCAAGAAUUUCCUGAUGGUAGCCUAUCAUACAUCAGGGAAAUUGAACUCACCAGAUCUCCAACCCAUUAUCAUUGUGUUGACUUACUUUUUCCUGAAUGCUAUAUUUAUUGGUUUCUUCAUUCUAAAUAAUAUCACGCCCGGCAUAAAUUGCAUUUAG